UGUACAUUUUUAAAUUACAACACGUGUGCCGAAGAUUGCGGCCAGGGUUCCGACGAACUCUUUUUUUUCGACCAACGGCGAAAACCAAGAAGAACAUCAUCAAGAAGUCUUUCCGUCGUAUCUUUUUCUAGCGUGAGUGGUUGCAGAGCUCAUCCAAAGGCACCAUGACGAUCCGACCUGUGUACCGUCCGGACAUAGUCAAAAAAAGGACAAAAAAGUUCAUUCGCCAUCAAAGUGAUCGUUAUGGCAAACUUAAGAGAAACUGGCGUAAACCUAAGGGUAUUGACAACCGUGUCAGGCGUCGUUUCAAGGGCCAGUACCUGAUGCCCAACAUUGGUUAUGGAAGCAAUGCCAAGACCAGGCAUAUGCUCCCGACUGGGUUCAAGAAGGUGCUUGUACACAAUGUGAAGGAACUGGAAGUUCUUAUGAUGCAGAACCGCAAAUUUGCUGCUGAAAUUGCCCACGCUGUAUCUGCUAAGAAGCGGAAGGCUAUUGUUGAAAGAGCUCAGCAGCUGUCUAUCAGGUUAACUAAUGGCAAUGCCCGUAUGCGCUCUGAAGAGAAUGAAUAAAUGUUUUCCAUAAUUUA